UUAUCUGUGCGUUUGUAUUAUUUUCUCUCCCUCCCUCUCUCUCUCUCUCUCUCGCACAUUUUCUUCACUCGAAUAAUAUAUGUGCUCCUAUAUCAGUUCUACAUGAAAUAGUAUAGAGUUCACACGCGGUACAAUCAACGUUGAUUAUUCAUGAACUCAAUUGACUUUUAUACACUCGCUGACGCUUUAUAUAGUAAUACAUAUAUUUUGCAUUGAUAUAAACUGCUAACUGCUGUUGUUUAUGGAUACGUGACAACCUGUAGCAUAAUCCACAGCUGUAUUAAUUAUCAUGACAUUUGUACAGACCUAACAGCUAUUUUUUGUGCUUUCGUCAAGCGUUAACUCGGUGUAUAGUUAACCAGUUCACUAGUGGAUCUGAAAUCAACGCUUUGUGCCGAGAUUGAUUCGAAAUCAGCGAUUCAAAAACCAUGGGAAUAUCAAGUUUCAUGAAAAUCCGUUAAAAAGUCACAGAGAUAUUCCUGGUGCUCAUAUACGAGUCAUUGCCAGUAGCGACACCUUUUUUGCGCCCAUAUAUUUUUGAGUCAUUACCACUGAACCGGUUAAGAGAGUUUACUUGUUCUUAAAGAAAAUGAGGGUGAUUACGUUUUUCAAGAGAUCCUGUGCGUCCACUAAUAUUUUUGGCAGAAAAAACUUUUCCAAUGUCGGAUUCGUGGGCUUGGGGAACAUGGGAGGACACAUGGCGCGAAAUCUUUUAAAGAAGGGCUACAAAUUGACUGUAUACGACGUGAACGAAGUGGCCGUCAAAAGUUUAGUGAAGGCCGGCGCACAGUCUGCUGAGAAUUCAGGAAAAAUUGCAGUGGACGCAGAAGUCGUAGUUUCCAUGUUACCGUCCAAUCAGCACGUAUUAGAUUGUUAUACCGGUGAAAAUGGAAUUUUAAGUUCAGUCAAUAAAAAUACACUUCUUAUAGACAGUAGCACCAUAGAUCCAUCAGUAUCGCAAACGGUAGCAAAGCAGGCUGAACAGAGUGGGGCAUUAUUUUUGGACAGUCCUGUAUCCGGAGGCGUCAACGCCGCAAGUGCAGGCACUUUGACGUUUAUGGUGGGCGGAGUAAAAUCCAAUUUUGAACGAGCCAAACCGAUUUUGGAAGCGAUGGGAUCCAGAAUAGUUUAUUGUGGUGAUGUAGGUAUGGGACAAGCAGCAAAGUUGUGUAACAAUAUGUUACUGGGAAUCAGUAUGAUUGGCACAGCUGAGACAUUUAAUCUUGGUAAAAAAUUGGGUCUUGACCCUCAAGUCUUGGCAGAUAUCAUAAAUUCCAGUUCGGGCAGAUGCUGGUCGUCCGAACUGUACAAUCCAGUUCCUGGCAUUCUUCCCAACGUUCCAAGUUCCAAUGGUUACAAGGGAGGUUUCGGCACGUCUCUCAUGGCUAAAGAUCUUGGCUUAGCACAAGCAGCAGCCACAAGAAUGGAAGCACCGAUUCCUUUAGGAGCUCUGGCUCAUCAAAUCUACAGAACUUUGAUUGCUAAUGGACAAUUCGAUAAAGAUUUUUCAGUCGUUUAUGAAUUCCUAAAAGGUCAUAGAUAAGGGGAAAACAAUAUGCAGUUACGCAAUUUCAGUAUACAGUCGACUGCAAUUAAUAGUGUUCGUAGCCAAAAUCACUCUUACCUAGUAAACAAUCCUUCUGGAAGCGAUGUCCUUAAAUUUUUACAAUUAUGGUGGAUAUUGUGCAUACAUUGUUACACCAGUAUAGCGUAAAAACGUAUGCACGGAAAGGAAACAAGGGAGAACUGAAUUGAAGUAAAAGUGCAGUGAAGAUUAUAGUACAAAUUCCUUUUAGUUGAAGGAACUAAGGGAAAGCAUGUUCUUACCGAACGUGAUCUUAGGAAGAGUCGACUGUAUUCACGUAUGAUACAUUUGCUCAAUUAGCAAUACAGAAUCUCUGUAUUACCGACGGUAAUAAUUCAAUAAAACAGAUACGACAAAUACCGACUGCAAUGUACUCACCGCAAUGGCCCAUUCCAUUUAUCCUCAGUCAAUGUCUAUACCGACCCUGUGAUAACUUUCGUAUCAAAACCACAUCAAAUUGUCAACUAUUUUAUUAAGACCAAUGCAUCAAUCAUUAGACAAAAUCUUUGUGUAAAAAUCUAAGGAAUAUUCUUCAUAUAUCUGAAUUAUUAUUCUUUGAAAUUUAUAUUCUAAACAGUGGCAUCAAGCUACUGCGCAUGUCCUUCAAUUGACCAGCGUAGUGAGCAACCAUUUCUGUCACUCAGUAAGUUUUUGUGACUAGGAGAGGACGUGAAGGCGGUGCGGCUGGUGCCCGUGGAGCUUUUGUGUUAGUGUUCAUUGAGUGGCUUGUGCUCUCACCGAGAUAAAUUGUGAAAUUUUCGCAGUUUUCGUGAGCCGCGAGUGAAUAAAUGUGUUGCUAGUGCGCGAUACGGACGA